GUCCGACCAUAGACAACGUGUUUUGACAAAGUUUUGAUCGAGUUGAAAAUGACGAGCCUCACAUUUAUUUAGAAAAAAAUAAAAAUCUAGUGAUUUUUCUAAUAUGACCGUGUGGCGAAAACUCGACGAUGAGGACUGCUACGCUGUCGCUCUAUAUAACUUCAAUUCCCCCUCAUCCCUCCACUUGCCGCUGGAAGUGGGGGAGCUCGUGCAUCUGGAACGAGAGACCGAUGACUGGUAUUGGGGUACCAGCUUAAGGAGGGAGGCAAAAGGUGCCUUUCCGAAAGGAUACGUCGUUAUAAGAAGUUCUAAUGUCGACAGAUGCGGCGAGACCGUGGUCGCUUCCUCGGGAGGGUCCGGGGUUGUACAUGACAUAGCCGUCACGCUACGUGAAUGGCUCAAACAUUGGAAAAUUUUAUACACGACGAACGACGACCGCUUCAAGUUCAUGGAGGUGAGCAUGCGUGCGCUGCUGGAGCUGCGCGCGCAGGCGGCGUCGGGCGCGCUGCCGCAGGACCAGCUGCGCCGCGUGGCGCGCACCGCCGUCUUCACCAUCGACAAGGGCAACCGAACGUUAGGUAUGGAGUUAGCGGUGAGAACGAUGAGCGGCCAGCUAGUCGAUCCUUUGACGACGUCCACCUUCAAACUGAACGCCUUGCACGAUGAAGCUAAUUCGAGAAUCGAUAAAAAUAUGGAGACUACCCCCACAAGCCGGCCCACGAGCCAGACGCCCGCCGCCCGCACUUACACGAUAGUCGUCUACAUCAAGAACUUCGUCUGCCGCAUGAGCGACACCGCGGAGCUGUCGCUGGCGCUCCACGAUUCCGGUGGAAACAAAAUCACGGAAAACGUCCUGUUGAAAUGGCCUCCCGGACACUUGGGGGCGGCCGAGCUGUUUACAGCGCCCUCUGUCGUAUUUACGGAUCUUGGCAGCGAUAUUAAGAAAGAGAAGAUAUUCCUGGUGUGUCACGUGGUCCGAAUCGGGUCCAUGGAGCCCCAGGUCGUGGAGCACCGACGCAGCACGUUGGUGCCUACAUCUGGGAGCGGGGUGGGGGGCAUGCGCAGGCCCUUCGGUCUGGCCAGUGCAGACAUCACGCAACACCUUGCCGCUGAUAAUUCCGACAAGGAGAUCUUGUUGCCCUUUUACCCAUGUGAAAAGGAUAAUAACAUGGACACGCUGUUGAAGAAAGUAAUCGCGAACCGUGAACUUAAGGACAAACACUCGCAGGGACUGUGGGUGUUCCUGCAGAUGGUGGAAGGAGACCUGAAACAGAUCCGGCAGGAGAACCCGCACAUGAUGGUGGGCAACACGGCGUUCGCGCGCAAGAUGGGCUUCCCCGAGGUCAUCCUGCCGGGCGACGCGCGCAACGACCUGUACGUGACGCUGCUGGGCGGCGCCUUCUCGCGCGGGCCCGGCAAGACGUCCGAGCGGAACGUCGAGCUCACGGCGCGCGUCGUGGACCGCCGCGGCGCGCCCGUGCCGGGCGUGAUAUCUGUGGGCGCAGGAGUCCCGCUAGUGAACGAGUACACGUCGAUCGUGUACUACCACGAGGAACGACCGAGAUGGAAUGAAGUUUUCAAGGUGUGCUUAAACAUAGAAGAAUUCAAAGAGGCACAUAUAGUUUUUCUCUGUCGACAUCGGAGCUCCAACGAGGCCAAGGACCGCGCGGAAAAAUACUUUGCGAUGUCCUAUCUGCGGCUCAUGCAGAAAGACGGUACCACUACACCGGACACGCAACACAAUCUAGCCGUUUAUAAGCUGGAGCACAAGAAGUGCGCGGGCAGCGCGGAGCUGGAGGCGGGCGGCGCGUGCGUGGCGCUGCCGUCGCUGCGGGACGAGCUGCCGGCGGGCCACGAGCGCGGCGUGGCGCGCGGCCCGCUGGCGCUGCUGCCGCGCGACUCGCUCUGCGUGGCCACCAAGCUGUGCUCCACCAAGCUCACGCAGAGGGAGGAGAUCCUCGGGGUCUUGAAGUGGAGCGCCCAUCACGCGGAGGGCACUCUGCGCACGGCGCUCACCAAACUGCUCCGAGUGCCAAAUGAUGAACUAGUCAAGUUUCUACAGGAUAUAUUAGAUGCACUAUUUAGUAUAUUGACUCAAGUGGAGGAAAAUACCGAGGAAUACACGGAACAGAGCUACGCGGUGCUCGUGCUGGACUGCCUGCUGCAGGUCAUCUCGCUGGUGGCGGACCACAAGUACCAGCACUUCCAGCCCGUGCUGCACGUCUACAUCGAGAGGAGCUUCUGCGACGCGCUCGCCUACGAAAAACUCAUAUCGAUAAUGGUGUGGACGAUCCGAUCAGCGGAACAAGGAGAGGUCGCCUCGAAGCGUUUGUUACAAUGUAUGAAGUGUCUCGAAAGCUUAUCGAGAGUGCUCGUGAGGUCCUGGCAACUCAGAGCCGCUCUAGGAUCCAGGGCCACGGCUCUAUCCAGCGGAGGGGUAAACGGGACCGACGAACCGACGUACUGUCCAGAACUGCAGAGCCUGCUGGAGGCGCUGGUGUGGCUCAUGCGCUGCGGCGACCACGCGCUCACGUGCCAGGGCUCCGCGCUCAAGUACCUGCCGCACGCCGCGCCGCACCUCACCAAGGUGUUCCCCGACACGCAGCUCAGCAAGUACACGGUGUGGGCGCUGGAGGCGCUGCCGCUGGGCCGCCUGUCCAACCAGCGCCUGCACGCGCUGCUGGAGCUGGUGCGCGGGCCCCUGGGGGCGGCCCCCGGGCCCCGCGCCUACCUGCUGCCGCACCUCGCCGCCACGCUGGCCGCGCUGCUCGUGGCGCCCAUAGAGCUGGACAACCACAAAUCGCGAUCAGCGGGCAAGGCGGCACGUCUACUUGGAGCCGACACCGCCAGCCUGCUAGACCACACCCAGCAGAUGCAGAUCGUGGAGCUCUGCGUGGAGACGUUGGGGGAGGUCGUGUCACUGCUGGCGCGGGACGACGUUGGUCCUGUCGAGGCGGAUAGGGGUGAGCUGGCUAGGUCGCUGCUGCCCACUGUGCUGAGAAUCGCAGCGACGAUGAUGAAAGAGAGAAAUAAGGAGGAAGGAACGCCGUCUGAUGAUCCUUUACUGCGCAAAUUAAUCUGCGUCCUUCUAGACAUGGUCCGUCAGAUGUCCGAAGAACAAUACGUAGUCGUGAUGAAGUCCCUGGAUGCAGAAUCCUCUGGCAAGGCGAAUACUCUAGUGUCGGACGCUCUGGCGUUGAUGAUGGCGUUGCUACAGCGACCGGUGUUCAGACCGCACUGGGCCGAUAUGUUGCACUUGCAGCACUACGUCAUGCUACACGCCCUAAGGUUGUUGUCCACCACGCUCCGCGAGCAGCUGGUGUCCAUCGACGACUCGGACCCCGAGGUGGUGUCGGCGGUGCACUUGACGCUCCAGGACUGGUUCAACACGCUGGGGGCCGUGGCUUCGUCGCCGCCCAUACAGCUGGAGACGCUACCGACCUCCAGGCGCCAGAGGGCGACCAUGCUCUACGGGGACAUUAGGCGGAAAGCUGCGACGCUCCUCGCCGAUAUGUGGUUCAGUUUAGAGGAGCACAAGCGGUUCUUCAUCCCACACCUCGUCGGCACGUUCUUGGAAGUGAGUUUCCUUCGGGUCGAAGAGGUACGGAACAUCAUAAUCCCGCUGUUCUUCGACAUGAUGCAGACCGAGUACAAGCACACCUCGGACACGGAGGGCGGCGCGGGCAACAUGCGCGCCUUCGAGAACGCGCUCAUCGACAAGCUGGACGUGCUGGCGGAGGCGGGGCGCGGCGACGCGGCGUGGCGGGCCAGCUUCGUGUCGCUGUGCGGCGCGCUGGCGGGCGCGGCGCGGCUGCCGGGCGGGCCGGCGCUGGUGGCGGCCGCGGCGCGCCAGCUGGACGCGCUGCUGCAGUACCGCGCCGCGCCCGUCGCGCGCCGCCUCUACCUCGUGUCGGGCGUGCUGCGCUUCUACGAGCAGAUCGAGCGCCCGCACAUGUACAUCCGCUACGUGCACCGCCUGGCCGCGCUGCACGCCGGCGCCGCGCACGCGCCCGAGGCCGGCCUCACGCUGUGCCUGCACGCCAAGCUGCUGCUCUGGAGCGACGAGCCGCUGCCGCCGCGCCUGCGCCACCCCACGCACCCGCAGCACGACACGCACUUCCAGCUCAAGUCGGCGCUGUACACGGAGGCCGUGGCGCUGCUGGAGGAGGGCCGGCAGUGGGAGCUGGCCGUGCGGCUGGCGCGGGAGCUGGUGCGCGUGUGCGACGAGCGCGGCGCGGCGCACGGCACGCUGGCGGCGCUGCACGAGCAGCUGGCGCGCCUGCACCGCCUGGCGCGCGCCGCCCCCCGCCCGCGCCCCGUGUACUUCCGCGUGCGCUACCUCGGCCGCGGGUUCCCGCCGCACCUGCGCCACCCCAAGGGAUUCGUGUACCGCGGCAACGACUGUGACAUGCUGCACAACUUCAAGGAACGCAUGCUGGACGAGUGGCCCGAGGCGGAGGUCCUGCUCAAGCUGGACGAGCCGGGCGAGGACAUCACCGAGUCGGAUGGACAGUAUUUACAAAUAAACGCGGUAACGCCGAUAAUAGAUGACAUAUGGAUGAACAAAUUCGGUAAAACGGGUGACGAACAAAUUAUAAGAUACUACGAACACAACAACGUCAAGAAAUUCGUAUUUUCUAGACCCUUCCAUAGACAAGAAGAUUCAAUAACAGACUCAACGGACGACUUGUCCGGAGCGAACGAGUUUGCGACUCGUUGGUUGGAGAGAACCGAGUUGGAAAUAAGUGACACAUUACCCGGUAUCCUCCGUUGGUUCCCUGUGGUGUCGACCCGCACGUACUGGGUGUGUCCGCUGGAGGUGGCCGUCGAGACCAUGGAGCAGACCAACAAGGAGCUGAAAGCCAUCAUCCAGGAGGCAAAGUCACCCGACGCGCCGCUACAUCCGCUCACGAUGAGACUGCAAGGCAUCCUGGACUCGGCCGUGCAGGGCGGGCUGGUGCACUACGAGCGCGCCUUCCUGACGGCGGCGUACGAGGCGCGCCGGCCGCAGCACGCCGCGCUGCUGCAGCGCCUGCGCGACCACAUCGCCGACCAGGUGCCGCUGCUCAAGCACGGCCUGGACGUGCACGCGUCGCGCGAGCCCGUGCGCGAGCUGCACGCGCACCUGGCGGCGUGCUUCCGCCGCGUGCAGCACCACGUGCACCAGCGCUACGGCCGCCGGAUGUGCGAGUUCGAGACCGAGAGCAUAUCGUCGCCGGAGGUCACGCUGCGCACGAACCUGCGCGACAGCGCCGAAAUCGAACCCAGGAACCCUUCGAACCGCAUAUCGGAUAUAUCUACCGGAAACGAGACAACACCAAAGUCGAAGUUUAAACUGAAUUCCGCGAUUAAUUGGACGAGAAACAGCAGCAGCGGCACUUUAACGCCUCGACAUAAGAAGCGGAGUAGAAAGAGUGAAGUGAGCCUACAGUCGAGCGGCAGUCAGUGGUACACCUCCAAUAGCGCCAACGGUAACAUUCACAGCGCGAUCAACAACGCCAUCAACAGCGCGUUCAACCCCACCCUCUGCAACAAUGCAGUCAACAGCAACAACUCUCUCAACAACAGUACCGUCAACAACAACAGUCUAAGCAGCAUCAACACCAGUAGCAACAAUAUCAGCUCCCUGUGCGACACGUCAGCGUCGCCGUUAAGGGAGCUGAGACAAGAGCUCGUGUGCUCGCGGCCGCAGCGCUCGCGCGCCAGCCUGCCGCCCUCCGAGACGCCCUCCAACAGGGACUCGCUGGGAACGACAGACUCCAACCAAGAUGACGAAGAACCCCCACCGUUACCUCAGAAGCAAUCGCACAGAAGUCUAGAAUUAGACGCAGAGAACAACAACCAAGAACUGAACCUGCCAGUCAGACACAACUACGACCUAGUCAUAUCGCCUAGGAACUCCUACCUCUACCAGUCCAGGAGAAGAAAUACGUGUGAAAAGUUGCCACCUAGUAAUGAGAAAGCGCCUACUCCUCCCCCUAAGAAGAGAAAUCAGAACGCAUAAGGUAAUUUAAAUAGGUUGUCCCACGUUGUUAAUAAGCUUUAGUGCAGACGUCCUUUUUUUGUUAAAUUAUAUUCGAUACGACAAAGGUACUGAAACAUAAGGCCUAGCCUUAAAUAAUUGUUCAGUCACAAGAUACAAACGUAGUCACGGAGGACAUGUUUAUAUUAUCUGUACAUAAUAAAUUGAAACUGUUAAGAGGGGAGUGGUGUGUGUCCGAGGUUUUAAUGGACUUUACAAUUGAUAGAGACCGAAAUUACGUUUUAAUACUUUGAUACACUUUGAGGAAUACUCUAAUGGGAUUCAGAAUUUAAUGAUCGAUAAAUAUCAUACUACGUAAUAACCAUGAUUCUAUAAUUAAUAAAGCUUAUUCAAUAGUA